GAGAGAAGGAGACACACUCAGGAAGUUACCAGGGGAAGUUUAGUGGUUUCUUGCGUCAUCAUUAUAUGCUGCUUCUUGUGCCGAUGCAGAGUGAAGAGAGGACGACAAAUGAAAGUAUGUCCUAACACAACGACUCCAACGCAACGCCGCUCACAGAGGAAGCUGCCGACAACAUGCACUGAAGUGGAGGAAGCAGCAGCUCGGUCGGAUCCCUGAGAUGUGCUCCACCUCGGCACUGCCACGUUAACCAGAGCCGGUGGAGUCGGUGUGACGGGUGACAAGCAGAGCGGCUCGGUCUGGAUGUGAGGAGAACACUGCCGACAGGAAGAGAUGCGAAGGGUUCGGAGAAGAGGAGGGAACAAAGAGAAGGUGUUUGGAUGUGAUCUGCUCGAGCACCUGAACGCCUCCUCUCAGGAGAUUCCUCAGGUCUUACGUAUCUGCAGUGAGUUCGUGGAGCAUCAUGGCAUCGUGGAUGGAAUCUACAGGUUGUCUGGAGUGUCGUCCAACAUCCAGAAACUCAGGGGGGAGUUUGAGAGUGACGGGAACCCAGACCUGAACAAGGAUGUGUAUCUGCAGGACAUCCACUGUAUCAGCUCUCUGUGCAAAGCUUAUUUCAGGGAGCUGCCGAACCCUCUGCUCACGUACCAGCUGUACGACAAGUUCGCUGAGGCUGUUGCCAUCCAGUUGGAGGAGGACAGGCUGGUGAAGAUAGGAGAUGUGCUGAAGGAACUUCCACCACAACAUUACAGGACUCUGGAGUUCCUGAUGCGGCACCUCGUCAAAAUGGCUUCAUAUUCCUCAGAGACCAACAUGCACUCCAGGAACCUCGCCAUCGUCUGGGCCCCCAAUCUGCUCAGGUCAAAGGACAUCGAGUCGACUGGGUUUAACGGCACGGCAGCCUUCAUGGAGGUCAGGGUUCAGUCCAUCGUCGUGGAGUUCAUCCUCAAUCACGUUCCUCAGCUGUUUCCUGAAGAAGGUGAUUCGGAUGAGAGAAGGAAGUCCCUCCCCUCUCCAUCAACAGCGUCCAAUCCGGAUGAGCUGUUUCUGAAGUCUGUUCCCACUCGGCUUGUCCACAGCUACGGGAACAUCAGCCCAGGAGACGGCCCACAACCCAUGAGACCCUACCAUGCAAUCAUAGAGGGAACAGACAAGAGGAAAGGAUCUCUGAAGGGCAGGAAGUGGAUGUCCAUCUUCAACAUCGGAGGACGAUUCCAGGACACACGGAGACGAAACAAACACUCGGCUAAAGAGAAAGACAGACCUGCCAUGAGACCAGCAAGAAGCAUGGACUCCCUCAGUAUCCAGUCAUAUGUAAAUGAAGGUUCCAAACAUCCUCCCCAGCCCCCUCCCUCCACCAACAUGUCUCCCCUCGUCACCUCCUCCCCACAGCCGGGCUCAGAGGCCGCGGCACCUCCUGGUGGAAUGGGGGGCAGUGAAUACGCUGUGACGUACCGCAGAGGAACCGGGUGCGUGAGCGGGGGGACCCAGGGCACCUACACUGCUCUCGACCCUGAGGGCUUAGGGGUCACUGGCAGUGAGGGUCUCCAGUCCAGAUCCCCGGGUCUCUCGACCAAGGCAGGUCGAAGAGCGGCCAUGCACAUCACAGGGCCCACCAUGGUUACUGUGCCACUACACAUCACCUCCAACCUGGCAUUGGGGGUGCUGCAAGGGCGCGGGAGCGACCGGGUCAUCCAUCGUGGCAGGGAUAAGGAUGGAGGGGACAAGGUGGAAGGAAAGGAGGGAGAAGGAAAAGGGGAGAGGAAGAAAAUCAAGAGGACGGAAAUGAAGGUGGAGGGAGUCAGGAAGGUUAGAAAGGAGCAGACAGACGGGGGAGGAGUUGCGGACGUGGAGGUGAAAACAGUGGUGGAAGGUGGUGUUGGCGAGGAGGAGAGUGAGGGAGCAAAGGCCGAGAAGGAGGAAGAGGAGAGAAAAGGAUGUAGAGGGGAGUCGGAGCUGGUGAUGGUAGGUCGAAGUGUUUCCAGAGAGCGAGUCAACGCCAACACAGACGAUGAAGAUGCAUCAAGAAACGACCAACAGGACGACAGGAGCAGUGACUACGAGGAUAUGAAAGAUAUGGAACUGGCUGAUCCUCAUCCAGAGGUGACCGAGCCGGAAUAUGUUAGUUUGCGCGAAGCGUCCGACAUCUUGAACUCGACCGAGGCGGAGGGAGACGACCAGGGGAUGUCUGGCUACGUUCAGGAUAACUUUGAAUUCCUGGACCACAUGGACUGCUGCCCCAUGGACCACAUGGACAGCAGCAACUCAUAUCAGGUGCACGAGUUCUCCGUCGAGCCUCCUUGUGACUCAGACGACGAGUAUGAGGUCAUGGUUCAAGCUCCGCCUCCCCCGGAUCCUGCAGUGCAACAUGUGCACCUGCAGCCGGGCCCUGAAACACGCACCCGGAGUCAAACCGAGUUCAAACCUCACAGGCCGCUGAGCCUCGACCUGCACCUGCGACACACUAAAUCCCUCAGCCUGCCUUAUAUGACCUCACCUAUCGACGGGCCGGACGAGUCCUGCUCUGAAGAGGAGGAGGAGGAGGAGGAAGACCACAGUGAGGAGGAGGAUUACAGCAGUGACGAGGAUGGAUGCAUGUUCGCUAAAAGCCUCCCCGCUGAUUUCCUUUUAAAAAAUCUGAGCGGGUAUGAACUGGACACUGAUAACGCCAGUAGACUUCCUGUUGACCAAUCACCAAGCUCUGAUGAUUCUGAGGCGUCACACCCUAAAGAACCGACCCCCGGAGACCAGGAGCGAGAAGAAGAGAUGGAUGAAGAGGAGGGAGAAGGAAAACAGAUAGUGAAGAGCGAAGAAGUAGAGGAAGAUCAUCAACAAGAAGAUCAACCAGAAAAACAAAGUUUGGCAGCAGAAGAAGAUCCCGACAUCACGGAGGAAGUUCAAAGUGACAAAGAAAAGCUGUGUGAUUCCGAACCCUCAACAUCCAGCUGUGAGAAGACAGAGAAACUCAUCACUAUCAAGGCUGAGGAGGAGGAGGAGGAGGAGGAGAAGGAGGAGGAAGAGGAGCAGGAAGAGGAGGAGGAGGAAGGGGAGGAGGAGGAAGAGGAUGAUAAUCUUCCCACUGAUUAUCCACCUUGUCACACAGAUUCCUGUUACACACAGGAGACGGGUGAUGGUCGGAUGGAGGAGAGUGGAGGUCAUCCUGGAACCUGUGAUGAAGAGGAGAAGGCAGAAAAACACACUGACAGGGCAGAGGACCGGAGGGUAGAAAAAGAGACAGAGACGACAUGUCAAGAAAUGGGUCUGGAGAAAAAUCAAGAGGAUGAGAACAUGUUGGAAAACCCCAGUGAAGAGGAUGAAGAGGGAACAGCUGGUGAUGAAGAAGAGAAACAGGAAGGUGGCAGAGAGGAGGAUAGUGUCAUUUGUAGCAGAGAAGUUUGGGAGGAACUUGAGGAUGUGGUAUGUGAAGUGAUCGAGGAGGGGGAGAAGGCUCUGAUGGAGGGGGAGAGAGCUAGAGAGCAGGAGGAGCAGGAGGAGCAGGAGGAGCAGGAGGAACAGGAGAAGCAGGAGGAGCAGGAGGAGCAGGAGAAGCAGGAGGAGCAGGAGGAGCAGGAGGAGCAGGAGGCGCGGGAUGUGAAGGGAUCAGGAGAAAAAAGAGAAGAAGAGGAUGAAGGAGGAACAAACAAGACAGAAGGUAGAAUAGAGGUCGAGAAGCUCACAGAGAUGCACGGAGAGUCUGAGGAGAAAGAGACGAGUAAACUUCAGGUGAAGGAGGCAGCCAUUGAAGAGAGUCAGCAUCACGACAGAGAAGAUGAGGCCACAAGAGAGAAAGAAAACAGGACGAACGAUGAAGAGGCCGCUGAUGAGCAACGCAGAACAACUCCCAACGCCAGGUCUGAUGUCAAAACCCUCAAGUGUGAGGAGAGUGACAGAAGCCAAGGAGAAGGAGGCGGAGGAGGAGGAGGAGGAGGAGGAGGAGGAGGAGGAGGAGGAGGAGGAGGAGUUGGCAGGAAGCUGGUUAUCUCCCAACACCCAAAGGUUUACCAGGCGAGAGCUGUGCCAGUCGUGCCCCCAAAGCCUCAGCACUGCAGAUUCACCGCCAUGACCCUCCGGCAGCAGCAGCAGCAGCAUCACCACGAGCAGCACCACCAGCACCACCAGCAGCACCAGCACCAGCAGCAGCAGCAGCAGCAGCAGCAUCACCACCAGCAGCACCAGCAGCACCAGCAGCACCAGCACCAGCAGCAGCAGCAGCCACUGCAGAGAGAGCAGGGAGGUGCAGAUGGAGGAGGAGAAAACCCCCCGAGAGUCCAGCCGGAGCAGGAGAGGGUCAUUGCAGGGGAGCAGGGGAAGGACGGAGCCAGGAGGGAGAUGGAGAUGAGGAAGGACGGGGAGGACACGAGCAGAAACAGUCCCGUCAGCAUGUGUUUCGAUGAGGCCGUCGCCAUUGCAACCAUGAGGCGAGGGAAGGAGAGGGGGAGCGAGAAGGAGAGGUCGAGGGACCGGGGGGGCGAAGUGCUCUGAGCCAGUAUCGAGAUUUAAACAGAUUUUUACGGUUUUCUUUUUCUUUUUACAUACGACAUAAAAGUUUGUCUCGUUCUUUUACUGAAUUCUGUUUAUUUCAGUACAAAUUACAACAACUGUAUUGACUGUCAGAUGAUGUUUGAGUUGUGUUUCUGACACAAACUAACUUUGAUGUGCAGCCGGAAAACUUGUAGGUGUUUUAAAUAUUGGGGAAUGAGAUGGGGGCGGGGGAGGUCCCUGACUGGACUCAAUUUAGAACUGAUGCAAUUAUAUGGUAGGAAUAAUUGAAAAACUGCAGUUACCUGAUAGUGCCUUAAACAAAAUAUAGAAACUUGUAGAAAACACGAAUGAGACAGGAUUAAAGCUGAAGUUUUGCCAUAACAAGUUAGAUAUGAAAUAUUAUUCAAACCAUCUGGAUAAAUUGUUAUUUUUUUAAUAUAUUUAAAUACCAAAUUUUCAUAGAGUCUUUGGAAAACAGAACAUUGCAACAUUGGAUAACUCGAAUUAGAUCAGAAUAAAAUAUUUGAAACUUAAAUCUAACUCUUGUUAGCACUAGUUAUCUAAUUAUACAAUACUUUGUAAUUAUAUAAAGUAUAUGUAUAUAUACAGUAUAUCUAUAUUUAUGUAUACUGUAUUUGUAUAAAGAAAAUGCCAGAAAGUUAAAUGGUAAAUUUGAAAGAGUGGGGAUAAUGGAUGGAAUGUAUCAUUUAAGAUAAAUAUGAUGUCUGAGGAAAUGUGUUUGGAUUAUGUGAAUAAAAUGAUGUUUUCAA